AUGGACCUCGAGGCUUCAGACGAUGAAGUGCCAGUUCUCGUCGAACCGGAAGUCAUUGCUGGCAAUGAUGAUGAGGUUCCAAGCCUUGUCGCAGAUCCUAAUGCCCUGCCAACAACGAAGGUUCCUCUCACCAUAGUGACUGGAUAUUUGGGUGCUGGCAAAACCACUCUCCUCAACUACAUCCUCACGGCCCAGCACGGCAAGAAGAUUGCUGUCAUCUUGAACGAGUUUGGUGACUCAAUCGACAUCGAAAAACAACUUACAGUCUCCGACUCGAAUUCCACAGAAGCCAAACCCCCACCAUUCGUCCCCCUCGCAAAUGGAUGCAUAUGCUGCUCAGCAAAAGAUGUCGGCGUUGCUGCCAUCGAGAACCUCAUGGAUCAGGGUGGCCUCUUUGACUACAUCCUCCUUGAGACCACCGGACUAGCGGACCCCGGCAACCUAGCACCCACCUUCUGGCUCGACGAUGGACUCGGCAGUACCAUCUUCCUCGACGGAAUCGUGACGCUCGUCGACGCCAAGCACGUCCUGAAGAGUUUAGACGAAGGCUACGGUGAUGGCGAGGAAGAGGUGGAGAAGAGGAAACACGACCACGACCACGACGGACCACUUCUCACCACAGCGCAUCUACAGAUCAGCCACGCAGACGUCAUACUGAUCAACAAGACCGAUCUCGUCGGCCCCUCAGAGCUCUCACAUGUAGUCGACCGCAUCCGCUCUAUCAACGGCCUAGCGCGCAUAAAAACAACAACAAAGUCCGAAGUUCCGCAGCUUGAAGGCUUCCUUCUCGACAUCAACGCGUACGCAGACGUCACAGCCGCAGACCUGUCGUUCGCAAGUAAAGGACACAGCCAUCUAGACCCCACCAUCACCACAUCCACCAUCUCCUUCCCAGCGCUGAACCCAGAACAAGUAGAUACGUUCGACCUUUUCCUCAGAACAGUACUCUGGGACGAAACACUGCCCCACAACACGCCGCACGAUGCUUUCGAGAUCCACCGACUAAAAGGCAGGAUCCCGGUUACAGAUGGCCGGGUGCUACUCCUGCAGGGCGUCAGGAACCUGUAUGACAUCAACGACGCAAAAACGCCAGCUCAAGUCAACGACGAGGCGAAGCUGGUGCUCAUAGGCCGAGGGGUUGGACAGGAGGCGUUCAAGUCGAGCUUACUGCACAUGCUGCAAUCGUAG